AUGAAUACACCCAGCUUCAAUGAUUCGUUUUUAAAAUGGGAUGCAGCUCAAGUGUCUACCUAUAUUAAUAUGGCUACCACCAAGGACCUGGAGCGACAGUACGGUUCUCUCUUUUUGGACAACAAUAUAGAUGGGUCUCUAUUGCCGUUUUUAUCCACAGAACACUUGAAAGAAUUAGGUAUCAUUACAUUGAAGAUACGCCUUUUGAUUAAGAAGAGUAUCAGCGACCUUAUCGUGGACCACUACAGAAAGUACACACCCCAAUCGAUUUACGAUCCCGAAUAUGCUUUGAAUAAUAUCAAUAUAGAUGGCAGUCAAAUAUCACUAGAAAGCUUAAAGGUAUCUGCGGUUUUGAUUCAGGACCUGAUACGGAAAUUCAAUAGGGAAACACGAGGGCAACAAGUUGAUCUGCCUCUUUCCCCAACACAGCAUGAGAUAAAGAGAUUGAACGAUAACUUUAAAAAGCUAAAGACGGAUUUAAUACCGGUCAUCAGAUUGCUAAAAGAUUCAAAGCCAUUACCUACACCAACGUUAGACCCAGGCCCUGCAGCUACAUUGGACUCACCAACCUUUUCCCCACUGCAUCUGAUUGAUGAUAAGGGAAAAGCUGAAACAACAAGGACUGAUAGCGGACACAAUAACGAUCCAGACCGGCCUUCAACUGGAGAUGCAUUUAGUCCAGUGUCAAAGCGGUUCUCAUCAGGAAGCUUGUUAUCAAUGGGCACAGGACAAAUAAUCUCUCAACUAGUAUCCAAAGUCGUUGAUGACAAAUCCCACGAAUUCAAAUUGCAAAAAGUAGGGUCACAAAGACACAAACCUGGCUUUCCUGGCAGCAGUGCUCUGAGUAAUUUGAGACCAAGACUAGUGGAAAACACUUCGUCUGGAUCGACUGUUACUGUUAAUACGGACCAACAAAGGGCUCAGUCACAACAAGGGGCGGCGUUGUCUGGACAGUUGAGGUCACCUUUGUCUCAAAUGCAAAUGUUUCUGGGUCAGCAAAUACAACAACAACAGCCACAUCAGCCGCCAUCGUCUAUUCCACAACAACAUCAACCAAGGCUCCAUGCCGGUAACGAGCCUCUCAAGCAGUUACGGGCGUCUACAGAUGACUCCUGCUUGAAAAUUUUACAGCACGCAAUGAAACGACACCAUAUUCCACGCGAGGACUGGUCAAAGUAUGUGCUUGUGAUUUGCUAUGGUGAUAAAGAAAGGAUUCUAAAACUUGCGGAAAAGCCGGUUGUUGUGUAUAAGGAGCUACAAGAGUUGGGAAAACAUCCCGCAAUAAUGUUGCGACAACUAGCUGAUGUUUCCUCUUCUGAGCCAGAAGAUUACGAGGAUUCAAGGAUAAGCUCAGAUAUCCCUGGGGGCGUAUUAUGA